AUGAUUGCGCUUUCUCACCCUCCUGAGUGGCCCCGGCGGAACCGCUCCCAGCGCGGGUGGGGCCGCGAGACAAGUUCCCGAGCCGGUGACACCGGCUCCCCCGGCUCCACAGCGACAGCUCCGCGCCUGUUCACUGAAAACAAGGGCGGGGGAGGGACCCCAAAGGAAGCCGGGCCCAGGGCCCUGCAGUCCGGUCUCCGGCUCGGGCCUCAGCCCAGCGCAGGGACCCGGCAGAGCGGCGAGGUCGAGGUGGGAUCGCAGCGCCCCCUCUCGGGCCGGGCGCAGGCGACGUCCAGCGCCCCGGAGUCGCUGCCCGGUUGCCUGCUCCGUCAGCCCGGGGGUUACGAGCUCCGACGCUACGGACCAGCCAAGUGGGUCAGCACCCGCGUGGAGUCUGCGGACUGGGACUCCGCGGUCCAGACCGGCUUUACCAGGCUGAGCAGCUACGCUCACGGCAGAAACGAGACAGAGACGAAAAUAAAGAUGACAGCUCCCGUGACGACCUGCGUGGAGCCCGGGGCAGGUCCCUUUAGCCAGCCUACCGUCACCGUCUCCCUGUAUGUGCCCUCAGAACAGCAACUUGAUCCGCCCAGGCCCUCGGAGUCAGAUGUCUUCAUUGAAGACAGAGCCGAGAUGACGGUGUUUGCAUGGUCUUUCGACGGAUUCUCUAGUGCCCGGAAGAAUCAAGAACAACUGUUGACGUUGGCAAGCAUUUUGAGGGAAGAAGGACAAGUUUUCGAUGAAAAGGUUUAUUACACUGCAGGCUACAGCAGUCCUUUCAAAUUGCUUAACAGAAACAACGAAGUGUGGUUGAUUCAGAAAAAUGAACCCUCCAAAGAAAAGGAGUGAGAAACGAGAGGAAGCUCCAUUGCCAGGGGCAAAGCUUCUGUUUGCUGGAGACACAGCACCACCUGUGAGUAACCCGUGUGUCUGCCAGCUCUGCCUGAGGGCCCUCCUGUGACUGGCUUAUCCCCAAUGUGCCUCUUCAGUGCUUGAAGCUUCAUCAGACACGCAGAUCAGGCAGCAGGGGGCAGCAUUCUACACGCCCCUGAAUGGGACACCACGCUCUGCAGAGCUUGAUGUCCCCGAGGCUCCAUGUGGAGUUACUCCCCC